UGUGUAUGUGGGUCACAGGACAGAGAGCGGACAGAGAUUAGGUCCAGCCAGCCAGGGUGAGGGACAAUGAGCUGUCUCUCGUUGCUGUGGCUGUACGUGGCCCUGCCGGGUCUGCUGAGGGCCUCGCAUGUCAGCCUGAUAGUGGAGGGGGACAAUGACGCCUCCAGGAUCUGCAAGCCCGCCCCCCACUGGACGAUAAAGGGACGCGCACCCAUGCAAGAGCUGCUGGGAAAUGUGGUCGUGGUGGCGCUGCUGAAGGCCAGCUGACAGUUCUGUCUCACUCAGGCCUCCAAAAUUGGAGGCCUGCGUGACAAGCUGGACCACAGCAACCUGAGAGAUGUGUCUUUCAUGGUAGUGAAUGAGCGAGAGGCCCACUCCAGAGCCAUGUACUGGGAGCUGAAGAGGAGAGCACCCCUUGGUGUCCCUGUCUACCAGCAGGCCCCCCUUCAGAAUGACGUGUGGGAGGCCCUGGACGGUGACAAAGACGACUUCCUGGUCUAUGAUAGGUGUGGUCAGCUCACCUUCCACAUCGUGCUGCCUUUCAGUUUCCUGCAUAACGUCUACGUAGAGGCCGCAAUCAGAGCCACUUAUCUCAACAACAUCUGCAAUUGCACUGCUUCUCCUUUACCAAGAGUCAAGAACAGCUUCAUGACAAACGCGACAACGCACUUUAAUGUCAGCCAGACAACUACAAUACCGGACACGGACGAUCCAGAGGGAGGAAGGACUGCUCCUAUAGCGACUCGUCACCACAGCCAUCAUCAUCCUCCUCAUCGUUCUCACCACCACCACCAACAACAACAACACCACCAUCACCAGAAUCAGUCCCAUCAUCAGCAUGAUGCAAGUCAGAAUACAACUCUUCAUCCUCUCAUUCACCACCACCACCAUCCUCAGCAUCAGCAGCAGCAGCAGCAGCAGCCUGGCAACCACAGUCAUCCUGAUGGGAUGGAAGUGGAUAAUUAAGAUGCCAGGAGUGUUUUUACUUGCUCUUUCCCUCUUACGUACUGCUUUUGCUUUUGGCGGGAGGUUUUUAAUUCGACGGCAGAACAUACAGGCAAACAGCAGUUCACGGAAUCUCUUUGAGCAGUAAUCAGAUUUGGGGUUUCUUUGCGAGCACCUCCACCCCUCAGUCCUCUGUGUGGGUGACGUAGCCGGUGCUUCCCGGUCCUCUCCCAUUAAUGAAGUCUACGGUGUGAAACCUGCCUGCAGGAGGCUGUGGAUGGAUGUGCAUGUGUGGAGAGAUUGGGGUGUGCUGAUGGUUAUUGUCACCCAGACAGAGUCAGAGGAUGUUGUACGCUGCUAGCGAGCAAAACCUCAGUCCGAUUACUGUCCAAACAUUUUGCUUUUCUGGGUUCUGUUUCUUGCUUUUGUCAAUCCUGUCUCCUGCAUUAUCUAGAAGUGAUAUGCUGAGCUACAUCACUAUAUACAAAUACGUUUUUAGUGCUGUUCCUUUAUUCAUUUGAACCUGUGCAAGCAUUUUGGGAAGUGUCACAAUAAAUUAGAUUAGUAUACAAUUGAAUCAUUAGAGGUUAUAAAUCACACCAGCAGGCAAAGUAUUGUUCACUUGUACUUGUGUUAUAUGCAGUAUUACUGGAUUGACAUACCAUACGUUACUCCGUUAAAUCAAUUUUGCACAUUUGCUGUGGAUUUGAAACUUUGCCACUUCUGAUUAUAUACAUGAAUGUAGAAUUAACCUCUAGAUUGUUGUUCUCCAUUAAAAGGAAAAGACAUUCAUGA